ACUACUGCUACGACAGUCGGCGCUCCGCGUUGGACGCAUGUACGCGCGCAUACGAUACGGAAAGUGCAUCGCGGUGCAAGAUAAUCGUUUUCGUGUCAAGUCACUCGUUGGCGUCGGCGGUACCGUUUCAUGGCAUCUGCCCAGCAGUAAUAAAUAAUAAUAUUAUUACAAUCGUAUCGACCGAGACGAGGUACGCGCAGAGCAGUGCACGCCGUAGACCGUAGCGCGUACACAAUAGCUAGCAACUGCACGGGAACAUUUAUUAUAAUAAUAUAGGUACCGAAUACCACGAUUACUCGGCCGUGCAGGUUGUGACUUGUUGUAGUGGUGUCGGUGGAGGUGGUUAUGCGACGGCGGUGGUGGAAAGGUGAGGAACCCGAUACCGAGAAGAUCUUUUAUGUUAGAGGUACCUGCUUCGAGUGGUAAAAGGACGACGUCGCUGUACAGACCGGAGAGGAUAGUGCACGGGCGGGGAGGUGUUGUAUUCCUGCGGUGUACCUAUAAUACAGUGACCGUGCGGAGAGCAAAGAUUAGUCAUCAAGGUCUUUGUGCGCGCGGGUUGGCUACGCACGUCGGCAAUACCGGUUUCUGCGCUCGUGAAGGUGGCCCAGUGUGUUUGUGUGCCUUCGUAUGUCUAUACAUUUAUAUUAUUAUAUUAUGUGAACGUGUUCGCGUACUACUAUAACAAUAUUAUCAUUGGUGUAUACACGACAGGUAGAAAUUCGCGUACACCUGCAGCUACCGAGACUGCAGAAGAAGGUGCGCAUAAUAUAUACGUUUGUGCGUCGUCCGUUUGUACGUUUGUCCGUAUAGUUAUUAUAUUAUAUAGUUCUCGUUUUGUCGCGUAUAGUCGUCCGCCACCGCGUGUUCCAACGUUAAUAGAAGAUCGUCGCCGUCCCGUUUUCUAAAUAAUAAUAUAUAUGUUUAACUCCGCGAGUGUUACGUGCUUGGAGCGCUCUUCGACUGCAAGCGUUUUACUUUGGAAAUCCGUUGUGCAGCGUAGUACCAUAUAAUAGUAUUAUACGUAGCAGGGCAGCGAUGGACAGCGUGCGGGCCGGAAGUGCCCCGAAUUUAACCGCCUACAUAGAAAUGGACCGAUUUGGCGGGAUAUCAAAAGCCGGCGAAAAACUCACUCAAAGUAUGUUGUGCAUUCAAGAAGAACUCGGAAACCUAAAAGACAAGGAACCGGUCAAAGAUAAUGCUGUUGGGAACAAUAAAUUGGAAUCUGAUGUCUUAAAAUCCAGUGGCUGGUUUGAUGGAUGGUUAGGAUGCUUAAAACCAAUGUUGGGGGGAAUCAUGGGAAAAGGAAACAGUCAUGAUCUUAAGUCUUAUCAAGAUAACUGGGAUAUUCCAUUUGAAUCGAUUAGUGAUUUACAAUGGUUAGGCUCAGGAGCCCAAGGUGCUGUAUUCAGUGGAAAAUUAAAAAAUGAAAUUGUAGCAGUGAAAAAGGUGCGCGAACAAAAAGAAACUGACAUCAGACACUUGAGAAAACUGAAUCAUCCCAACAUAGUACAAUUCAGGGGUGUAUGCACUCAAGCUCCUUGUUAUUGCAUAGUGAUGGAAUAUUGUCCAUAUGGACCACUUUAUAAUUUGCUUAGAGAUGGUGAAGAAAUACCACCCAUGCGAUUAGUAUCCUGGGCCAAACAAAUUGCAUCUGGCAUGUAUUAUCUACAUGUGAACAAAAUAAUUCAUAGAGAUCUUAAAAGUCCCAACGUCUUGAUUGGUCGUCAAGAAAUGGUAAAAAUCAGCGAUUUUGGAACAAGCCGAGAGUGGAAUGAGAUAAGCACUAAAAUGAGUUUUGCUGGAACUGUAGCCUGGAUGGCUCCUGAGAUCAUUAGAAAUGAACCCUGUUCAGAAAAAGUGGAUAUUUGGUCAUUUGGUGUGGUUUUAUGGGAACUUAUGACUUGUGAAACACCAUACAAAGACGUAGACUCCUCAGCUAUUAUAUGGGGUGUAGGGAGUAAUUCUUUACAUUUACCAAUACCUUCAUCAUGUCCAGAUGGUUUUAGACUGUUAAUUAAGCAAUGUUGGGCAGCUAAACCACGUAAUAGGCCAUCUUUUAAACACAUAAUGAUGCAUCUAGACAUUGCCAGUUCCCAAGUGCUAGCAAGUACACCAGAUGAAUACUUUAAAACACAGGCACAAUGGAAGAAAGAAAUACAAAUACACAUGUUACAAAUGCAGACUAAUGGAAGUCAUAUUCCCAAAUUUGAAGAAGAUCUUAUUAAAAAAAGAAAAAAUGAGUUAAAACACGCACAAGACAUUAGGGAGCAUUAUGAGAGAAAAUUGGAACGUGCCAAUAAUCUUUACAUGGAACUAAGUGCUGUGUUAUUACAAUUAGAACAACGAGAAAACGAUUUAAUUAGAAGAGAAAAACAAAUGUCUAAAGUGUACAAAAAACGACUUAUAAGACCUUUAUUAAAAGCUCAAGAUAAAUUGAACAAGCUGAAUAAAUCUGAUUCAUCUACCACAUCACCAUCAUCACCAGAAAGACUUUGUCAACAAUUUGACUCUAAGUUAACCAAAGCUACACUUUAUGCUCAAGUCAGUAGCAAUUCAAACAAACCAGAAUCAAUUGCUGUUACACCAAAACAAAAUCUACGGAAAACAAGACCUAGAAAAGCUCAAAUCAUAUGCUCAAUUGUAAAAAAUAAAAAGUAUGAUACAUCAAAAGAAACUAACUGGAAGAACAGUCACCAAAUAAAUAGCAAUAAAGUCAACAGUGAAACCCAGACCGAAACUAUUGAUUCAGGACUUCAACAAGACAUGCUCAAUGGUAACAUGUCUGAUUCUGCUCAAUCACAAGGUGAAGAUAGUUCUUGUAGCAGUGGUGUGAGACUGAGCGACGAUGAACAUUUAGAUAGACUGGGCAGACAAGUAAAUGAAAUAAUUAACAAUAACAGACCUUCCAACAUGACCGAUUUAUCAGAUUAUUAUCAGGAUACUGAACCUAUUUCUAGUAACUUCAAUCUUAGGAGAAAAAGUGCUGGUCGGCGUCCAAUUGGACCUGGUUUACGAGUACGUCGAUAUAGAAUGACACAAUAUUGUCAAGAGCCAAAUGGAAAUUCUUUCUCAUUAAGUUCUUCAGCAGAAAAACAUGAUUUCUUAGAGGCGGAAAGUUCAACAUCAGACUCUGACAUGAAAGACAUUGAUCUAGAUUCGAGUUUUUAUAAAGUAUCUAAUCAGUUUCCAGUUUAAUACCGUGUAUAAAACCAUAAAAUUGUGCUACGUCUACAAUUUUUGAUUUAAUUAUUUAAUUAUCAUUUAAUAAUACCAGUCCAAACAUUAUAUUUUUCUCAUAACAAUGUCAAAUUUAAUUUCAAUGCUAUCACAUCCAAAACUUCACAAUUUUUAUUUUUAUUUUUUGUAAACUAACUUGCGUAUCUUAAUCUAACAUUUUUGUUUUGUCAUACAACUGUUUUAUAAUUACUAUUAUUAAUUAUUAUUUUUGUUACUUUUUUUUAAAAAAAAAUGUAGUGUAUUUCUAAUGAAAUAUUCAUAUAUUGAUUUUUCUUAAUUAUGUUAACAAUAUUUUGGAUAUUCUUAAAGUAACAAAAAAUAUCUGUGAUUAUGUAAAACAACAAGAAAGAGCACUUAUAUAACAGCUUGUGAUAUAAUUUUAGUGUGUCUAAAUUAACUAAAUUUGACAUGCACACAUUAAUAAUUCAUAUUUGUGACAUGUUUGCUAGACCAAAAAAGGAUGGAAAAUUAUGAUAUUGCAUAGCUUGUUAUAUAAGCAAUCAAAUAAAUUGACGUACUAUUGUUAAUAUUUGUACUGAUUAUAUGUAGUAGCUUAACAAUUUUAUGAGCAAUAAUUAUUGAUCUCUUUUGCCAUUUAUAAUAAUGUGAUGUAAUUUAAUUUAAUUUGUAAACAUACAUGUUGUGUACUGUAGACUGGCCUUAUAUUAAGGCAAAUUAUUGUUUAGGAAAUUAUUAUAUAAUUUAUAUUUUUAGGCUUUGUCUCUUUAUUUUGUAUGCUGUAUAGAAAAGAGAUAUAGUUUAUAAAAAUACAAAAUUUGUUUAAAUAGAAGAA